AUGAUGAGUGAUGACCACUACGGCAAAUGGACCUCUCGGUCCGGCAAAGCUAGUUGGAAGUUGGAAGUGCUGCGCAGCGUAAAUGACGCGAUUCCGAAGUUCACCGACAUCUUUGACGAAGAGACGUUCUACUUCACGGCGUUUCUCGUCGUUGUCAGCAGUGAGCGUACUAUUCCACUGUUUAUAUCUCGUCAGGACGUGUUCGUGCAAGCACCCACUGGCAGUGGCAAAACACUCGCGUUUGUUUUGCCUCUUCUUGAGAUUCUCCUAAGACGUGAAGAAAAAUGGGGAAAAUUUGAGGUUGGCGCUAUCGUGGUAGUUCCCAAUCGAGAACUGGGUCUGCAGAUUCACGAUGUUUUGGCGCCUUUUCUGGAAGCACUUCCUUUCCUCCGUCAAGUGGUUUUCUGUGGCAAACGAAAGAUCACCGUCGACGUCACGGAGUUCAGGAACGAGGGGGGAAACAUAGUAAUCGGAACUCCGGGACGAUUGGAAACCUUGCUUGAAGCGAGCAGUGAGGAGUUUUCGCUGUUGAACUACGUGAAGUCGCUCGAUGUUCUUAUUCUGGAUGAAGCUGACCGUUUACUUGAAAGAGGUUUUUCGAAGAGUAUGGACAAGAUUUUGUCAACGCUGACCAAACAGCGCAGAACCGGCUUGUUUUCAGCCACGCUGACCGACCAGGUAGAGGAGGUGAUCAAGGUUGGCUUACGAAAUCCGGUCAAAGUCAUCAUCGACACUGAAGAUCACGUGUUGGUGCCUAGCGAAGUUGACGCCUCCUCACGGAUGCGUAAAAUGCCAACUUCAAUCAAGAACUACUAUGCGGUGAGUGUCUGUAUAUGUUUGUGUGGGAGAGGCACAGAUAUAGAGAGGAUUAUUUCUAGCCAUGCUUCCUCGCUCAGGAAUGACAAAUGAGA